CCUGUUCCCGUCGACGUCCCGUCUGUCAGACAGUCGGUCGAAUCCCACCGUUGUUACCGGACCCAUCAUGUCUUCUGACCCGUGCUCCUUCUCCUCCUUCACCAGGUUUGUCACCAGACACCUGAACUUGACCUUUGACCUGGACUUUGACAGACACGUCAUCAGGGGCAAGGUGGCGCUGACCGUGGAGGCUCUGGAGGACCGGUUCUCUUCCCUGACUUUGGACUCCAGAGAUCUGACGGUCGUCUCUGUGUCGGCCAAUGGGCAGGCGGCUCGCUUCAGUCUGGGCCCGAAACACAGCUUCAAGGGGUCACCACUGGACAUCACUCUGCCCUUUGACCUCUCCAGAGGGCAGCAUGUGAUCGUGGAGGUGACCUAUGAGACGUCUCCGUCUGCGUCGGCUCUGCAGUGGCUCGCGCCUGAACAGACGGCUGGGAAGAAACAACCGUACCUGUUCAGUCAGUGUCAGGCUCAUCACUGCAGGAGUAUGAUCCCGUGUCAGGACAGUCCAUCUGUCAAACACACCUACUAUGCCCAGGUGUCUGUCCCUAAGGACCUGGUAGCUGUGAUGAGUGCAGUGAGAGACGGACAGGAAGUAGAUCCUCAGGACAACCGUCGCAUCAUUUACAGGUUCAGACAGACGGUGCCGAUGCCGUCCUACCUGAUCGCCAUCGUGGUCGGCGCUCUGGAGAGCAGGCAGAUUGGCCCCAGGUCCAGAGUUUGGUCCGAGAAAGAGUUUGUGGAUAAAUCAGCGUUUGAGUUUUCUGAGACGGAGGCCAUGUUGAAGACAGCCGAGGACUUGGCUGGACCCUAUGUUUGGGGUCAGUACGACAUCCUGGUUCUUCCGCCAUCUUUCCCGUACGGCGGCAUGGAGAACCCCUGCCUGACCUUCGCCACGCCCACACUGCUGGCAGGAGAUAAAUCUCUGUCUAACGUGAUCGCACAUGAGAUCUCCCACAGCUGGACUGGGAACCUGGUGACCAACAAGACCUGGGAACACUUCUGGUUGAACGAGGGUCACACAGUUUACCUGGAGAGGAUGAUUGGCAGGUGUAUGGAGAGUGAACAGUUCAGACAGUUCAAAGCCAUCGGAGGCUGGAAGGAGCUGCAGGACUCUGUGAACACGUUCGGGGCCGACAACCCUCUGACCAACCUGGUUCCCAGUCUGCAGGACGUCGACCCUGACGACGCCUUCUCCUCUGUUCCCUACGAGAAAGGCUUCGCUCUGCUGUAUCACCUGGAGGAGCUGAUGGGAGGCCCAGAGGUGUUCAUGGGCUUCGUGAAGUCGUACAUCCAGCUGUUUGCCUACAGCAGCGUCACCACGGACGAGUGGAAGAAUCACCUGUUCAGCUACUUCAAAGACAAAGUGGACGUUCUGAACAAGGUGGACUGGAACUCCUGGAUGUUCACGCCCGGGAUGCCUCCUGUCAAACCUCAGUACGACACCACGCUGUCCGACGCCUGUAUCGCUCUGAGCCAGAGGUGGGUCAAGGCCAAAGACCAGGACCUGAACUGCUUCAAAGAGAGCGACGUGAAGACACUGUCGUCCCACCAGCUGAUCGAGUUCCUGUCUCUCCUGCUUCAGGAGGAUCCUCUCCCUCUGACUCAUGUGAAGAAGAUGCAGGAGCUUUAUGAUUUCAACGCCUGUAUCAACUCAGAGAUCCGCUUCAGGUGGCUGAGGUUGUGUGUGCGGUGCCGCUGGGAGGAGGCGGUUCCCAUGGCGCUGAAGAUGGCGACAGAGCAGGGCCGGAUGAAGUUCACCAGACCAUUGUUCAGAGAAGUUUUUAACUUUGACAAGUUCAGCGACGAAGCGGUUCAAGUGUUCGUGAGUCACCGAGCUGCGAUGCACCCGGUCACGUCCGGACUUGUCGGCAAAGACCUGAAGGUGGAUGCAAGUAAAACCAGCACAAACCAGAAGUAAUACGCAGAAGUCGCUGUGUCAGCAGCCAAUCAGAGCUCUGCUUUCUUACCUGCUCAUGUAUCACUGGCUUUUCUCACAAAUUAUAAUCAUAUUCAUUCUUUUCUGUCUACAUCAUGUUUCAUCUGGAGGCAGAAAACAUUUUCUUAAGAAAUAAAAUCUGACAAACUC